AUGAUCUCACUGAAGAAAACAAUAACGUUGCUACUCAUCAAUGUCGCAAGCGCAUUACCCGCUGUACAUGAUGGAGGAGCUUCAGACUUGAUGAUCAACGAGAGAAACUCUCUUGACUCAAGAGCAGUUUGCAAAGCCAGCGAUCCAAACAAUCAAGCGUUCAGGAAUCACAAAGCCGAUGGAUCUGCUUUCUGUUCAACCUACAUACGAAGCACUUCAACAUCUACAGUUACUCCGACCAUCCAAAAGACUGCCUUCAAGACAAAUACCGUGACAGCAACUAUAGGCAGUGUUAUCCGAGUCACAACUACUACUACACUUGUGACCGUAAUCACAAACACAAAAACUGUAUUGACUGCAGGAACGAAAACGACAACUGUUCCUGUUACUGAUUUCCAGACAACGACACUUAUUACAGUCUCGACUACUACCCCUCGUGAUACAUACACAAAGCCGAGGGAUACGACGCAUGUCAAUCAGCUGACUCAGACCAGUUUUAUAGAGGCUAUUGGGACUACCACAAAGACUAUUGAUACCACGGUUACGACUGUUCCCACCAAGUUUGUUUAUACAGGUGGAACAAAGACUGCCACCACUGUCGUUACCACUACAAAACCAGCACCUCCAGUAGUAACAGUUCCUCAAAGUAUACUUUUCUGGCAAUUACGAGUUUUCCGAGCUCACGCUGACUUUCUUUUAGCCGAGGUUCACUGUGGUAUCGUUGGUAAUUCAGGAUCCACCCCUGUUAUUAGAAGGGGAGGUUCCCUUACCUUCGGCCAGUGUAAAGAAGCAUGCAAAGAUAUGCGCUACUUUGGAAUCAGUACAUUUCAAUGCGCGUGCUUUAUCUCACGAUUGACGGAUACGCUUGAGAUGGAUGCGUCUUCCGAUUUCACGUUCUACGAUUCAUUGUGCGAUUCUGCCACCAAGCCUCAAAAACGCAACAUACCUGUCAAGAGAGCAGUCGUUCAAGUGCCUACUUAUCUGCCUAGCAAGUCUCCGAGCGCCGUUAGCAGUGCCUGUUCAUGCUUGAUUACGAAGCCCGCUUCUCCCGCUAUCGUAACGACUACUGCCAAAACCGCAAAGACUAUCACAACCACGCAGACUAAGCAGGAAACUGCCUUAGUCAACAAGCCACUGACUAGUCUUAUCACCGACAAGAGAACUAGCACAUCAACCCGCUCUACUACUACUACAAACACAGACUUUCGCACUAUAACUGAAACGGAUCUGAGGAGUGCUACAGUCACGGCACUCAAGACCUACAUUGUUACCAACUUCGACCACCUUGUUUACGUGACAAAGUAUUUUACUGUCGAGGCCACCAGCUACAGCACGCUUUACUUGACUUCUAAUGUCAACACCGUCACAAAGACGAGCUACAGCACCGUUUUUGUUACCAAAACGCCACCUGUGACAGUCACAACGGAUUUUUACACAACUCAGAAGACUGUUAUCUCUACUAAAACAGUAUUAACUGGUGGGACAACUAUCACAAGCGGAACCACCACUAUCUAUGGUACAAUUUAA